AUGUCAUCAAAUAUUCCGAGACUUGAUGUUACUAGAAAGCAACUUCCCUUCUUUGUCCUCAACAAGCUUCAUGACAUGUCGAAACAAGCUGAUGAAUUACCAUUGUUGUUACUGGUGAAUGAUUCAAUUAUCUUUUUUGUUGACUUGCCAAACAUGAUCAGUGAAUCCUUUAAAAACACAAAAGAUAGUAUCAAACAUUUACUUCAUGCAGUUCACAUUGCUUCAUGUCAUGGCCAACAUCCCAAGAAAAAUUUAAAAUAUGACAUAAAGCGAAAUAAGGUCAUGCCAAAUGCAACAGAGCUUUCCCAAGCUGGAGUUAGCUUUGUUAAAGCUGGAUUACAUGACAAACUUGGGGAUAAAACAAGUUUAUUUGAUAGUAUAAAAUUUGAGAAUGGAUUAAUGACGAUCCCUUGUUUUCAAGUAUAUGAUGGCACAGAAACCAUCUUGCGAAAUCUCAUUGCUUAUGAGCAACAAUCAUCUGAUGUACAAUAUAAGUAUUUCACUGAUUUUGCAGCUUUCAUGGAUCAUCUUAUUGACUCAGAAAAAGAUGUGAGUUUGCUUCGCCAGAAAGGAAUCAUAGAGAAUUGGAUGGGAGAGGACAAAGAAAUGGCUAGCCUCUUCAACAAAAACGGACAUGGGAUCACUACGUAUUCAGACUUCUAUUACAAGACAAAUGCUUAA